CAUUGGCUAUCGACAGUUCGAAAGGCAGGAUCCGCGCUUUUGGUAUAAAUAGAGAUGCUAUCUAAAUUUGAUUCCAAAUUUUGUUAUAAAGUGUUCAGUGUAGGAAACGAAAAUUUCAGAAGAACGAUGGGGUCGACUUUGUAUGAUUAUUUUUCGAACGUGGUUGGAAAAUCGACCCCAAAAAGCGGGUGCCAGACAGGUGACAAGCAGUCGAGUGUUUGCAUCAAUAAACUCAAAAUGGAUAGCGUGGAAAGAGAUCGCCUUGGAUUGUGGGGAAACGGAGAUAAUGUGGUACCCGGCCGAGCUUCCGGUUUGGACCGGAUCCGACAUCCCGGAUUGAAUAAGGGUAUGGCCUUUACUUUCGAAGAACGUCAGACGCUUGGCAUUCACGGACUUUUACCUCCAAAGGUCAAGACACAGGAAGAACAAAUAUUCCAUUGUAAAUUGUGUUUGGAUAGAUUAGACGACAACCUGAACAAGUAUUUGUAUUUGAUGGGCUUACUAGACCGUAACGAAAAACUCUUCUACAGUUUAGUACGAAAAUAUGUCGAAGACAUUAUGCCUUUGGUGUAUACUCCAGUAGUAGGAUUAGCCUGUCAAAACUUUGGAUUAGUUUACAGGAGGCCCAGAGGCCUUUUUAUCACUCUUUACGACAAAGGCCAUGUGUAUGAAGUUUUGAAAAAUUGGCCUGAGACAGAUGUACGAGUCAUAGUAGUAACAGACGGAGAGCGUAUUUUGGGACUAGGAGACCAAGGCGCAUGUGGUAUGGGUAUCCCAAUUGGCAAACUCUCGCUCUACACCGCACUAGCAGGCAUCAAACCGCAUCAAUGCCUCCCAAUCACGAUCGAUGUCGGAACCAACAACGAAGGUCACCUCAAAGACCCUCUUUACAUCGGCCUAAAACAAAACAGAGUCAGAGGACAAGAGUACGACGACUUGAUAGACGAAUUCAUGAGAGCCGUGGUCCAAAGAUACGGCCAGAACACGCUCAUACAGUUCGAAGACUUCGGGAAUGCCAAUGCGUUCCGACUGUUGGAGAAGUACCGCAACUCGUACUGCACCUUCAACGACGAUAUCCAGGGAACUGCCAGCGUGGCUGUGGCUGGACUCCUGGCUUCGUUGAGAAUCACCAAGACGAAAUUGAGCGACAAUGUCCUGGUGUUCCAAGGAGCCGGGGAGGCUAAUCUGGGGAUUGCGCAGCUCUGCACCAUGGCGAUGGUGGCGGAAGGUAUAAGCGAAGAGAAGGCGAGGCAGAAGAUUUGGAUGGUGGAUUCAAAAGGAUUGAUUGUCAAGGACAGACCUGAAGGUGGAAUAUCUUCUCACAAAGCACUCUACGCGCAUCCUCAUGCACCUAUUAAAACUCUCACAGAAGUCGUUAAAACCAUCAAACCGUCCAUCUUAAUUGGAGCAGCCGCAGUUGGAGGGGCGUUCACAACAGAGAUUUUGGAAGAAAUGGGCAGAAAUAACAAACGACCAGUUAUUUUCGCACUCAGCAACCCCACGAGCAAAGCUGAAAGUACUGCAGAGGAAGCUUAUAGAGCAACCAAUGGUACAGCUAUUUUUGCUAGCGGAAGUCCUUUCGAUCCCGUAACUAUUAAUGGCAAAACCCUCGUUCCUGGACAGGGAAAUAAUUCGUACAUAUUCCCUGGUGUUGGUUUGGCCGCUGUUUGUGCAGGAAUCAAGAAUAUUGGGGAGGAUCACUUCUUGAUAGCCGCAGAAGCAUUGUGUGAGUUGGUGACACAAGAAGACUUGGACAAAGGAAGUAUUUACCCUCCUCUAUCUGAAAUCCUGAACUGUUCUGUGAAAAUAGCUGUGAAGAUAAUCGAAUAUGCUUAUAAGAAAGGAAAUGCUUCUGUAUUUCCCGAACCAGAAGACAAGGAAGCUUUUGUUAAAGCUCAAAUGUACAACACAGACUACCAACCAGCUUUACCUUCCACUUACCCAUUUCCAAAGUUGUAAAACAAUUUGUCAAUCAUUCGUUUGUGUGUGAUCUCAAAAUUGAAUAUUGAGUGUAAUGUUUUGUUGACCAAAUAUGUAUAUUGGAGAUCAGUGUAUUUAAUUUUCCAUAGUAGACGGUACAGUUAGCUGUUACCUAUUAUUUAUUCAGAUGUAUUGUGAUAGUUUGCAAAUUUAUAUAUUUUAUUUGGUUACAUUAAAAAAAAUAAAAUUAUUUCAUUCAC